AUGAAGAUGCGCAAGGUGCUCACUUCUGAGAUAAUUUGCCCCUCCCGCCACAAGUGGCUCCACGACAAGCGCGCCGACGAAGCUGACAACUUGAUGCGCUACAUCUACAACCUCACCGCCGGGGGGUCAUCUUCAACGUCGGGACUAGGCGCCAACGUCGAUGUCAGGCAUGUCGCGCGGCAUUACUGCGGCAACGUCAUCCGCCGGCUUGUCUUCGGCCAACGGUACUUUGGGGAGCCUCAGCCGGACGGCGGGCCGGGGCCGAUGGAGAUGGAGCACAUGGACGCUUCCUUCGCCCUCCUAGGGUUCACCUUCGCGUUCUGCGUCAGCGACUACCUCCCGUGUCUACUUGGCCUGGACCUCGACGGCCACGAGAAAAUUAUUAAGGAGGCCAACACAAAAGUGGAUAGACUGCACAACGUGGUCAUCGAAGAGCGUUGGAGGCAGUGGAACAGCGGCGAGAGGCAGGAUGGGGUCCAGGACUUCCUUGACGUUCUCAUCACGCUCGCCGACGGUGAUGGCAAGCCGUUGCUCAGCAUCGAUGAGGUCAAAGCACAGUCCAAGGGCAUAAUAUUAGCGGCCAUAGAUAACCCGUCAAACGCAGUGGAGUGGGCGCUGGCGGAGAUGGUGAACAACCCAGAAUUGCUGGCCAAGGCGGUGGAGGAGAUGGACCGGGUGGUCGGUCGCGAGCGACUGGUGCAAGAGUCGGACAUCAUGCAUCUCAACUAUCUCAAGGCGUGCAUACGUGAGGCAUUUCGCCUCCACCCAAUCGCUCCCUUCAACCUGCCGCACGUCGCGAUUGCCGACACCAUUGUUGCGGGCUACCGUGUGCCCAAGGGUAGCCACGUCAUCCUCAGCCGGCUGGCCCUGGGCCGGAACCCCGCCGUCUGGGAUGAACCGCUCCACUUCAAGCCAGAGCGCCAUAUGGGAGACAACAUCAAUGUGGUGCUUACCGAGAGCGAAUUGCGGUUCAUCUCCUUCAGCACCGGACGGCGGGGAUGCAUCGCGGCAUCACUAGGAACAACCAUGAGUGUCAUGCUCUUCGGCAGGCUCUUGCAUGGCUUCACCUGGACCAAACCGGCUGGGGUGUCGGCCAUCAAUCUCAGCGAAUCGAAGCACGACCUCUUCAAAGAGAAACCGCUAGUGCUACAUGCUGAGCCACGUCUUGCAGUGCACCUCUACCCUCUCAUUAUGCAUCGUUGA